AUGGACGAAGCCAUCCUGGGAGCGGAUCUCCCGCUUCCUCCAACUCGCUUGUUUCAGCGGCUGUCGCAGAUAAAGCGCUACACCUGGGAUCAGUCCAUCACGCCCUUCCACUCGACCUACGAUCAUUGGCAUAUCUUUGGCAUAUUGCAUAAUCCUAGUGACCUCGAGACGCCCCAGACAAACACGUCCUCCUCCUUCUCCGCUGCUCUUGCCUCAUCCUCUGAUCGAAGCUCUCCUCGUUUAGGCUCCCGUCCUGGCUUUCGAACGCAUUGGAGUAGUAUCAGCGGAGCUUCAACCGAUAGUGAACUUGGCGCGUCGCGAACGGCCGAACCAGAGCAAAUAUGGACGCCUAUCGUAGCUCGCAUCAGUACUCAUGUGGUCAGACUGGAAAGAGAGUACAAGUCCAUGCUCGCAAUCGCCAAAGACUGUGAUCCCACCCACGAACAUAUCCUCCAUCCAAUCGACCUGUUCAAGCUACCUGCUACGGCCGACGACCCUUUCCCUUUGCUAGUCUGUGUCUACGAGCAGCCUGGCCCGAACUAUCUAAGAGAUGUGCUAAAUUUUGGGCCGAAUUUCUAUAGCAUGAACAACCGCAAUACGAAUGUCACUACAAACAGUGGUGGCCUUUUGCCACUACAGUCAUUUCUCGACUUUGCCAUUGGGGCCUGUUCGUGCCUGGAGCUUCUUCACCAUGGGGUUUCCCGCAUUCAUGGUGAGAUCCGUCAAGAUUCGUUUCACUGGAACAAAGAUUUGGGUGUGGUUAGGCUACAAAAUAUUGGUAACGGCCCAAGAGCAUUCGAGAAUUUGCUGUCUAGCUCUGCUUGGGCUGCGAUGAGUAGGGAACGCGGCGCCGUCAACAAGCUGGCCUAUAUCGCUCCCGAGCAGACAGGUAGACUGGCCUUCGAGCCGGACUCUCGCACAGAUAUUUAUAGCCUAGGCAUCCUUUUCUGGAGUCUUCUCACAGGGAGGCCCUGCUUCAAUGCUGAUACGCCAAUUGACAUGAUUCAGAACGUUCUCAACCAGCGGCUAACUCAAAUCUCGAUUAUUCGGAUGGAUGUUCCUGACGUGAUCUGCAAUCUUAUCGGAAAGAUGGUACAAAAGCAGAUGGACGAGCGCUACAGUUCUAUCAACGGCCUUAAAUAUGACUUGAUAGAAAUCCAGAAGUUGCUUGCUGAAGGUGCGAAAGAAAAGCUUCUCGAAUAUCAGAUUGGCCAGAGGGACGUUUCUUCGUUCUUCAUCUUACCGUCGAGGACUGUCGGUCACCAUGCCGAGCAAGAGAAAAUAGUCCAAAUUCUUGAGAAGCUACGCAGGCGACAAGUGAACAAUUCACGUAAAGCUGCACACCCUAAUACUCUCUAUAGUACAACUUCAAAUUCCUCUGUAUCCGAGAGUCGUCUAGAUGGCCCAGAUAUGCCUGAUGGGUCUGAUACCUCAAGUUCGAUCGGUAUGGGUGGCAGAGUGUCGCGCAGUAACUCAACAACUAUUGGUAUGGAUGCCGCUCAAUCCCUACACAGCCGUCCGAGCGUUGUCGUCAGGCCUCGCGGGAUCGCUGAGGCCUUGAUCACCCCUCUUGAUGAAUCUGACAAAGACAGCCAAUUUUCUGGUCCAUUUGCUUAUCCUGGAGCUGAUUCAUUGGCCCCAAUCGGACGAAUGACUCGACGUAGUGGCUACAAGCCAAGACGCAAGAGCAAAACUGAAGUUGUGCUACUGACAGGAGCUCAAGGAGCGGGGAAAUCGACCAUACUGAAGAACGUGCAGCCUUAUGCUAGGAGGGUGGGAUAUUUUGCUUCUGCAAGAUUCGAUAGAGCCAGACCUACGCCAUUCGAGCCGAUGCUUUUCUGCUUGGCAAGUCUAUUCAGACAGCUCUUUUCUGAGUCAGAUGUCUCAACUGGCUAUCAUGAGAUGGUACGGUCACAUGUUCGGCCGAUCUGGCAUGCUUUCCAUUCUCUUCUCGACCUGCCAGUGUCUUUGAUAGAUUCUGCUUUGCCUUCCGAGAAACCCAUUCUUGGCAAUGAAAGUUCGCUGAUGCGGUCUGAUGUGUCUAGCAUCGAGUCGAAGACCUUGCGUAAUGGCCCUGCCACCAACAUACGCGAUGCUAAUGACUUCUUGCGUGGAGCCGCCAGCUCUAAAUCCAUCCGACUCAUCAACACCUAUAUUGACGUUCUGCGCCUCUUGUCCUCGACCAAAGUCGUCUGUUUGUGUCUAGACGAUGUACACGCCGCGGACGAAGAGUCUAUCGACCUUAUCGGAAACAUCAUCCGUGCGCGGUUACCUGUGGCUAUUUUGCUGUCUGGUCGAGCUGACAAUAUUGCUGAGUCGGCUGCCUUGCAAGCUAUUUUCAAUAACGACUCUAUCACCAACAUUGAAUUGGAAGCUCUAAAAGAGAAGCAUGUUUUCGAAUAUGUUGCUUCGACCGUCAGCCGCGAUAUUGAAGAUGUAAUUCCUCUUGCAGCCGUCGUACAUCAGAAAUCGGCAGGAAACCCUUUCAUCAUGAAGGAACUGUUGCAGACUCUAUACGAGAAGAAUUGCUUGUGGUAUGACUGGCGCAUGACUGGCUGGGAGUUCGAUCUGGAUAAGAUUUUCACAGAGCUUACCAUGGAUGGACCCGAAGGAAACGAUUUCAUCGUACACAAAUUUCGAGAGUUUCCACUUCCAGCGCAAUGUCUUCUGGCGUGGGCUUCACUCAUCGGAAAUACUUUCUCGUUCAAGCUGAUACAAAAACUACUCAGCGGCAAAUUCUUAUUAGAUCAUAAAGUGAUGAUAGCACGGGAGGGCGGUAAUCUAUCUUGCACUGAUGUUACUUGCAAGGAGAAGGGCAAAUUUACUGAGGAUCAAAUGCUGGAUGCGCUCAAUUUCUUGCUCCAGUCCGCCAUCAUUAUCAGUGGUGGUGAUGAUGACGAAUAUUCCUUCGGCCACACACGUUACCUCAACGCUGCACAAGAGAUCGCGGAAGCAAGUGGCAGAGUUCAAGAGAUGCAUUUUGUGCUAGCCCAGGCUAUGUUAUCAUAUCUUUCGAGCUGCAAGUACAGUCUUUAUCCACUUGCACGGCACAUCUGCUUGUGCUCAGAUUUGAUCAAGAGACGAUUGGGACAGCGCGCCACACACCGGGACAUACUAUGGCAGGCGGCCAUCAACGCGCGCGAAUCGGGUGCGAAGGCGACGGCGAUGUGGUAUUUCAAGACCUGUGUGAGUCUGUUGCAGGAAGAUCCCUGGACAUCAUCACCAGAUAGUUCCUACAACGAGACGUUACAGCUGUAUGUCAGUCUUGCAGAACUCCUCUAUGAGCACGAUGAUUUGAAAGAUGCAUCAGCACUCUUAAAUGACACUUUCAAGCAUGCUCGGUGCUCCGCCGACAGGAUUCGAUCUUACCUGCUCAAGGCAAAGAUGUUGAACAAGAAGGCACUUUUCCAAGAAGCUCUAGACACACUCACAGAAUGCAUGGCAGAUCUUGGUGCGCCACCAUUAGAAAGAUCGUGGAAUCAGCUAGAUGCGGAGUUCGGGAGGAUCGAGAUAAGGUUGCGCGCUCUGGACUCUAAUGAGCUUCUGUCACGCCCUUUGAGCGAGGAUAGAAACGUGACUGCACUCGGCACUGUGCUUAGCGAAGCAGCAGUCGUGACCUAUUGGUACGAUGCACAAAAAUGGCUCUCUGCCGUUCUUGCGCUGGUCACAAUGAUCCUUGAUGGUGGCAUCUGCGUUCAGGCAGGAAUUGCAUUCAAUAUGCUCGGUACUGCAGCUAUUGGCCGUUACAAGAAUGUCGAGCUGGGGCUUGCUUACGGCGAUAUUGCUACUAGCUUCUUUUCAAGACUCGAUGAUCCAUUCACCCAGGGACGUGGUUGGACUCUAUACACAAUGUUUAUAGCUCACCUACGAACACCAAUGCGGAACAUCUUGCCUGUACUCGAUAACGCACUGGACUUCUCAUUAGCAUCUGGUGAUAGGAGUGUUGCACUCUUGACCUUGGGAUGUAUGGCACUCUCCCGGUUCUGGACUGGCCAAGAUCUUUCGGAAAUCGAAGCAUUCUGCCUUUAUGCUCCCGAGGAAUUCGGUCAUUGGGAAGACAACCUUAGAGGUGGUGCAGUUUUAGUAGGCGUACGACAACUCACACGCGCCCUUCAAGGUAAAACAUACAUUGAUGAUGUGGACACUUUGCUUGACGACGAGUUUGUUAGCAAAAAAGAGUGGUACACGAAAUGCGAGCGAAACAAAUUGAAUUCAACCAGAGCAACCGACAUGUUUAAAGCAAUCACUAUCCCUGCAUAUUACGUCUACGGCCACUACGAAAGGAUAAUACAAGAGGGACGGAAAAUGGUGGCUACCUCUCUGGACGAGCUUUGGAGCCACAGAGCUGCGGCUCAAUUACGGUUCUACCUUGCCUUAUCCCUCUUGGCGGUGGCUAAGACGAAGCCUGUUGAGGAGCAGAACGGCCUGCUUGAAGAAGUCACUUUGCUCAAGCAGAGUAUCGAGUCCUGGACAACAGUGAAUGAUGUCAAUUACCAUGCGUGGCUCAGAAUUAUUGAUGCAGAGUACGCAGACGUGACGAAGAAGUAUGGUCAUGUUAUCAGCAACAUCGAAGCGGCAAUUGAUCACUGUCAACUCCAUGGAUUCGCUUUUGAGGAGGCCCUUGCAAUUGAGAUUGGUGCAGAAUUCUUGCUCGCGCAAGGAGCUCGCCGGCCAGCAAAGAUCCUUAUCCAAGAAGCUAUUUCUGCGUGGAACAGUAUCAAUGCAACUGCAAAAGCGGCACGUCUGGCAACCAAACACGAGUGGCUAAUCAAAACUACAGGCUUUUCCAGAAUGCAUGAUGCAACUACUCAGACUGACACGAUGGUUGCACUCGUUGGUAACGACGAUCCUGGUUUACACGUUCAACGCGAUUACACCAGCCAAUGGGUUGAACCGAAGAAUGGCCCGCCUGUCUCGAAAGUGGUGACACAAGAUGUGCCAGGCAUGGGGCUAGACGUUCUUGACCUUACAGCGAUCCUUGAGUUCUCAAAGGUCAUCAGCUCUGAGCUACAUAUCAACAGCCUCCUGGAAAAGAUGAUAGGAGUGAUACUUGAGUCAGUCGGUGGCCAAGCAGAAUUCGCUGCCAUCGUCAUCGAUAGCGAAGACUCUGGAUGGGUUGUGGCAGCUAGUGGGGACCACGAAAAUGGUGCCAAAACAUAUCCUGACGGUAUUCCCUUUUCAGAAAUCGACGAUAUGGCUGCACAACAAAUCACAAACUAUAUCAUCAGAACCAAAGAAAUCGUCUUUGUAUACAACAUUCUGGACGAUGAACGCUUUGGAAAUGUCUCUGACGCUUACCUGAAGCGUAAUCCCAACGGUAGAUCAAUUAUCUGCCUGCCAGUCAUUCAACUUGAUCGAUUGAUUGCGGUUAUUCAUUUGGAAGGACGUCCAAAUUCUUUCACAGAACGCAAUAUGGUAGUUCUGAACCUGCUCACCAAUCAGGUUGCCAUUUCAUUGGGCAAUGCUCUCCUGUACAGGAAGGUUAGGAAGGUCAGUGCAGCAAACGCUGCUAUGGUUGACUCUCAGAAGCGAGCCCUUGCAGCUGCUCGUGAAGCCGAAGCGAAAGCGAAGGAAGCCGAAGCCGAAGCCAUGCGUAAUGUGAAAUUGCAACAAGAAGCUCAAAGAGCCAAGUCGAUCUUCCUUGCAAACGUCAGUCAUGAGCUUCGUACUCCUUUGAAUGGUGUUAUAGGCAUGUCAGAACUACUAAAGGGUACCGAGCUUACUGAAGAUCAAGAGGGCUAUGCUGACAGCAUUCGUGUCUGCGCUGAUACGCUAUUGACGGUCAUCAAUGACAUCUUGGAUUUCUCGAAACUGGAAGCUGGAAAAAUGCUCAUGCAUACAGUGCCCCUGAAUCUGCAGGAGACAAUCAAGGAGGUCGUGCGUGCGCUUGCAUACACUAACAAGGAGCACGGCCUGGAGACCAUCGAAAACUUUGAGCUUGACGAUCGGUUGGUGCUAGGCGAUCCCGUCCGAUUACAUCAGAUAUUCAUGAACCUUAUGAGCAAUGCCUACAAAUUUACGCCAAAGGGCUCGAUCACAAUCACUGCUAGGAAGACAGGGGAGACCAAGGAGAAGAUCAAGUUUUUGUGUUCUGUCGCGGACACUGGCAUAGGCAUUACUAAGGAACAACUAAGUCGAUUGUUUCAACCCUUCUCGCAGGCUGACUCAUCGACGGCUAGGUCCUACGGUGGCAGUGGUCUCGGCCUAAGCAUUUGCAAGGCCAUGAUCGAGAAUGUGCUUGGCGGAAAGAUAUGGAUAGAGUCCGAACCUGGCGUUGGUACCACGGUUUUCUUCCAACUGACGUUUCAAAUAGCCCCUAAAGACAGCAGUGCUCCAGCACAUAUGAACAUCUCGACAAAGGAUCCGGAUCCGAUGGCUAAUUGGAGUCGAUCUUCUGCGCCUGGCGGGGAGAUCAGGGCGAGUUUCUGUGACCUCAGCAAGAUUCCGAGAGGAGAGCUCAAAAUCUGUAUCGCCGAGGAUAAUCCAAUUAACAGGACGAUUGCAAUAUCUUUUGUACAGAAACUCGGCCUCAAAUGUGAUGCGUACGAGGAUGGCAAGCUAGCGUAUGAAGCCUUGCAGCGAGCAAGCAAAGCAGGUCAGCCAUACCAUAUAGUUCUUAUGGAUGUGCAAAUGCCUGUGUUAGAUGGGUAUAACGCUACACGAGCUAUACGAAAAGACGAGGAUCGAAUUGUUCGAGAAGUCCUUGUCAUCGCGAUGACAGCGUCAGCUAUUCGUGGAGAUCGGGAGAAAUGUCUUGAAGCAGGCAUGAACGACUACCUUGCGAAGCCUGUACGGCAGGUAGCCCUAAAGGCAAUGCUUGACGAAUAUCUAGGUAAUACACGAACAGUUCAGCAAGUGGGAUCCGAAACUCCUGGUGACAGAGUCAACAUGCAAACAGCGAAAGCGCCAGUCAAGGCGACAACCCCGGUACUAGAGAAGCCCGCAGAGGAAGCUGGACUUGGAUUGCAAAUCGAGAAAGGCGAAAAGAGCAUGGUAGAUGGCGACAGAGACGCGGCGUCGAGACCCGCACUCCCUUUGAACCGAGAGUCGACUAACAGCACAGAACAGGCUCAACCAGCAAAACCUAAGAAAAAGAGAAUACCACUCAAGGGAAGUGCUAGGAACAAGUCUUCAGAAGAGCAGAAGACUGACGGCACACAACCGGCGGCCUCCUCGAAGCCUGGCCAAGUUCGAGGUACAAGUCCGCCUAGUGGUGUGAAAGAGCAGGAGAUUCUAGGAAAAACAAGCACAGACAUAUUGUCACCACCUGCAAAUGGACCGAGCAGGGAAGAGAUUGAGAACAAGCUUGCUGAGACAAAGUCAGAACGUAUUCGAAAUGAGUCUGUAGCUAGGAAGGAGCAGGCCAUUCCGAAGAUUGCAGUUACGCAGGCAGGUAAAGGAGAUGGGAGCUAG